AUGAAAGUUAUACUAACAAGAUUUGUAGAAUUUCUUCAUGACUAUUUCAAGCAAGCCCAAACUUUCUGGUUGACAGAAGCCACAGUGGGUGACGGCAAAGUCUUCGCCCUCGGGGUUCCUGCUUAUCAGCCACCUGAUCUGGUAGAAAGGUCGAAAGCCUCCCCAUAUUGGUUGCUUUUCGUCGUCGCUUCUUGGCCCCCCAUGAUCUUGGGCAUUCACAAAUGUAUGCUUGAAAGGCCUGGUUGCCCUAUUGCAUUUGGAGGAGAGCCAGAAUUACGUAGCGCCGAGAAAAUUGCGAAAGCGGCUGCAGAAAGCGGUAUGAAAGGGUGGGGCGACAUGGCCGCUGUGUUGGGAUGA